AUGGCAUGUCAAAUGAAGAAAAAAUUGUUGCUUCUGCUACUUGUGUUGCUGGUAUCGAACUUGCAACAUUGUGUUAAUGGAACGCAACAAGUGCCUUGUUUCUUCAUUUCUGGGGACUCAUGGUCUGAUAAUGGGAACAAUAACAACCUUGUGACAAAGGCAAAAGCCAAUUAUCAGCCAUAUGGGAUAGAUUUUCCUGGGGGACCCACCGGAAGGUUUACUAAUGGUCGCAAUCUUGUUGAUAUCAUUGCUGAACAUCUGGGUUUUAACAAUUCCAUCCCACCUUUCGCUACAGCUAGUGGUCAAGAAAUACUUAAAGGGGUCAAUUAUGCAUCGGGUGCAGCGGGUAUUCGCGAGGAAACAGGACAAUUGCUGGGUGAUCGGAUAAGCUUGGAUAGGCAGUUGCUAAAUCUCCAAGUUACAGUCUCAAACAUCAAGAACCUACUUGGAAAUAAUGAAUCAUUGGCCACAGCUUAUCUAAACAACUACAUAUACUCUGUUGCAAUAGGUAAUAAUGACUACCUAAAUAAUUACUUCAUGCCACAGUUCUAUCCUACAAGCCGCAUAUAUAACCAAUUGGGUCUAUUAGGGUAUACUCCAGUUGAACUCACUAUGUGCGGUACUAAUUCUUCAUGUGUGAACAACAUCUUCAAUGCAGUCACACUUUUCAAUGAUAGGGUUGUCACAUUGGUGAAUGACUUCAAUAAUAAUUUGACCAAUGCUAGAUUUAUCUACAUAAACACUACUGAAAUCACUCUUAGCAGUUCUACGUCUCAAGGCAAGAUUUCCUAA